AUGAUAAGGAAGGCAGGACAGCGCUGCUGCUCUGCAAACAGCUGAACCCCCUUUUGGAGGAGAGCAGGGACUGCCAGAGCACAAUACAGGACGGAGCCUCUGUGGGAGAGCGGCUGAAGAACAACAGGGCAGCCAAGGAGACCACAGAAAUCCUCUUCCCCCAAAUCCCCGAUUCCGCACAGAGAGAGGAGACAAAGAAGGUGCAGAGAGCAACAAAAGCAUUCUUUUGCUUUCAGUCCACCAGCAAAAGAAGAAGAAGAAGAAGAAGAAGAAGAAAAAAAAUAAGCAAGAUCAUUUUCUCUGAGAUCCAAAUCCAAGGAGAGAGGCGUGACGGGCACAGUUGCAUCUGUGAUCGGCGCAGCAUCUCCAGAACCAGCUGGAGGGAGCGUGGAACUGUACUGCAUGAAGGAUAAGUGCAUCUGGGAGAAGAAGCCCACAGAAACAGGAUGAGAGGGACUCUGAGGAUCACGUGGCUGCUACUUUCACUGAGCAUCUGCUCAGUGAGCGGCGACGGGACGACCUCCAAGCCAGAGGCGAGUUUGGCUACCACGGUGGUGACAGCAGGCGGCACGACACCGAAAAGCUCCGCUGCAGCCGUGACAUCUGUCGCUCCGACUGAAGGAAAGCCAACAACUGCAGCCCCGUCCGUGACGUCCGUUCAAGCAGUUGACAAAGCGACGGCAUCAACACAACGACCAGUCGCCACCACCACAACCAGAGACCUACCCGUCACGCCUUCUACGGCUGCUGCGACCCAGUCAGCCACCAAGGCAAGCGUCCCGCCCGCCCCGGCCAGCACCGCCGACCCUCGGACCGCCGUUACCGCCGCCGCCUCUUCGGCUCUCCCCACAGCCAAGGCGACGAGCCCCGCCACGGUGACCUCCGACCCCAAAAGCCAGGUGUCUGGCCAACAGCUGGCGACCACAAACGCUGGAUCCAGCGGAGGCCCCAAGCCGUCUCCCACUCAACCAGGAGACAAGGGGGCUCAGACGACACCCGAGAAGAUGGUGACCGUGACAGCAACUCCGUCAGCGCAGACCACGCCUGAGAGCGCCCAAACCAUGCCGACGACGAUAAAACGGGACAGCAGCACAGGUACCACUAGACCAAUCGGAGCAAACGCUGGGUGGCCAUCAGCUGGACCUACAAGCCCAAACUUGACAACGGAGAGGACGAUGACCUCCAGCCGAACUUCUACUGUAGGAGACUCGAAUGUCAUACCCACAACCCAGACCCAGGGAACCACCAGUACAGCACCGGCUGAGACGACGGUGUUUAAGUAUUCUCUAAAUGACCCAAAGCUGCAUCAAAACCCAACCCUGGUGGAUUUGUGCACGCCUUUCAUAAAAAACAUGCAAAACGCAACCUGCACCCUGAAGCUGGAGAACGGAGAAAUCCUCUACGACAGUUUGGAGGUUACCGGCAAAGUCGACGCCAGCCUCGUCAAGGAAGAAUACAGAAAGAUCAAGGAAGCCACCGCCCAAAAACAGACGGACAACAAAACUCUGGUGGCCAUCCUGGUGUCGUGUGGCGCGCUGCUCCUCAUGAUCAUCAUCCUUGGCUUCUGUGUGUCCCAUCGGCGCAAACCGUACAACGAGAACCAGCUCCACCUGACGGACGAGCUGCACACGGUGGAGAACGGUUAUCACGACAACCCCACGCUGGAGGUGAUGGAGGGUCAGCCGGAGAUGCAGGAGAAGAGCAUGGCGCUGAACGGCGAGUUCAGCGACAGCUGGAUCGUCCCCAUUGACAACCUGAUGAAGGACAUGCCCGACGAGGAGGACACCCACCUGUGAGGCCGAGGCGACUGGAACCAGUUUUCCUCUUUCCCCUAUCACUCCUGAUAUCGCACAGAACAGAGUUCCUGAUCGGCGCCGUCUGAGGCACUGCUGUUGUUUGGGACAGUGGCAAAAUCUAACAUAUUGGACUAUAUCGUAAAUCUUCCCAAGAUCUAUCACUGAUCAGAUACUAAGACAGCAAUUGUCCAAGGUUUGGCAUAGUUAAUUUUCAGCCCCCCAAUCAGUGGAGCUUGCAUGCACAUCACCGCCUGUUGCAGCUGUAUGCAGAUUUAUAAGAUGUCCCACAAUUCAUUUGUCAAAUAUCAGUGAGCGUCUCACUCCACUUUUUGAAAUGGGGCAAAAUUGCUACUCAGGCUUGCACCCAUUUACCUAGCAGCCCAUAAGGGUGUCUGCUGUACAGGCUGGACCCCACCUCCCCUUGGCUGUAGUUCCAAAUGUGCAAUAAAAAACGUCGUCAGGGCGCAACUUUGAAACACUUCUUAUGAGUGCUUGUGCCGCCCACAAUCAGAUGCCGCUCUGGGUGAAGAGCCGUGUCAAAAACCACCGCUGCCCACUCAGAAAAACAUAAAUCAGUUAUUACACCUGCAAUAUAUAUUUUUUUU